UGAAAAUUCGGUCCGCUUCUUUGCUCGGGGCGAUGAUUAUGUGUAAGAUAUAAAAAUAACUAAUCAUAUGCAAAUUUCUAACCGAUAAUAUAAACUGUUUGCUUACAAGGUGCUGUAUAGAAACAGAUUCAAGUUGGUUUUCCCGCUGAAACUAUCAAGAAGUUGAACGAAAAGCCGAAGGAAUAAAGGUACCAUCCUCGGUGAAGAAACCAGUCGCACCGAUUGAACUAAAAAUGUCAUCCGGUAUGCGGUCAUCAAUCUCUAUGCGAAGUAUGGAAAGUUUGUACUCGAAUAAGAGUUCGAACUUUUCAGCGCUUCAUCGGCGGAAAGCGGCCGCUGCCAGGCAACCGGCCAUAGUGAUAGCCUCCAGUAGCGAUGUUAGACACCGGGUGAUGUCGGCACGUAUGUUGCGUUUUAAACAACUACAGAACCAGUUGGAAGUAGCGCAUCAUCAAAUCGCUGAGUUAACAAAAGAUAACCGUCUGCUGAGAGCUCUGCAGAAACGCCAAGACUCUGCCUUAUCCAAGUAUGAAAAUUCGAACGCAGAAUUACCAAAAUUGUUGCAUUCUCACGCAGAAGAAAUUCGCACCUAUCAGACAAAGUGUCGAAAUAUGCUGAAUCAGAACAAAGAACUGCUGAAUAAACUUAAGCACAAGGAUGCUCAUAUUCUUACGAUUACCGAUCAAAAUAAGCACCUUAUUCAGCUGAACAAGGAUAAGCACCUCGAAGACCGUGAAAGACUUGCCGAAAGAGUACGUGAUCUGGAAGCAAGAUUAAUCGAAAAGGAUAACGAUAAUAAAUUGUUAGUACGACGCUUACAGCUUGAAUCAAAGAACUUCAAAGGUCAACUUCAGCAAGAAGUUUUUAAACAGCGAGAAAUUGCUCAGAAAUUGGAGCGAGCACAGCACGAAAUUCAACGGUUGAGCUCAGUGAUUGAGAUUUAUGAGAAAAGAACACCCUCAACGCUUCUGAAGAACAGCUAUUUGAUGAAACCUCCCAAGCCCACGUCAGGACAAUUGAUUCGACUGUCCAAUGGAUCACCAGUAAAACCCGCUUUUCCGAACCUAGCUGAGCCUGCUCCUGUAACAAACAUGGAAAUCGCCCCGAAAAAGCUACAGGAUGAAGGAGACGGUGACCACAAGUCUCUCAAUACAAGCCCCAAAAUGCUUAAGCCAUUGGGGCCUAUCGAAGAUCCAACACCGGCGGUGACUCCUGCUAAAACAAGCAAAUCCAAGAAAAGACAUGCGAUUGCAAAGGUUCGUGAAGUUCAGGAAAAUGAGAAUGAGGAAAACAUUCAAAAAGAUGCAGAACAUACCUUCGAUGAAUCCUUCUGUAAGGAAUUCAAUCAGUACGCUCUUCAGCAAGAGGCGGAAUUUGAUGAGGCCAUUGAAAAUGAGCUUUCCAAACUGAAGAAUGAAAUCGACAUAAACAGUUCCACUGACAAUCUGUUGCGAAGAAGGAAACAACAUUUUGUCACCACAGAAGUUUCCUACGACGACGAUUACGAACCCGAUUCAUCUCCCGAUAAAAAUCGAGGUAAAAUUGCAGAUAUCUUCGAGCACAAGACCCAUAUUAGCGAAUUAGAAGAACAAAUUCGCAAUAUGGGUGGUCCUCUCCUGAACGGUGGAUUAACAAAGGAUAAAAAAUACCAGGCUGGAAAAAAGAGCUCAUCGUCUGGUGAAACCGAUUUGGAGUCCAACACAAGCACGAGUGUGAGUAGAGACUCAUCAACAAAGGAGUUUGAAUCUAUGAAACGAGAAAUCAGAGAGAGUAUUAUGAAGAAAGAGUGCUUACUGGAUACAUUUUGUGACGAGAUCAAUGGACAGGAUACGCCAAUCAAAAUGCAUAACGGUCGUUCCAAGGAUUUACAUAGAAGAUCACAUAUUGACCCGAAGAAGAAGAAGAAUCUUCUAGAAGCACUGAAAGCAAUUGAUGGCGAUAGCUUUGAUAAAUGAUUUGUGGUUCUUGGUUUUUGAUCGUCUUGGCCUCAAUAGUGCUGCUAGUCUUAUAAUAUCUUUAAUAAUGUAAUAAGCUUUUUGGAUUGAUAGAUGCAGUGAUGUGUAUAUAUUUUGUAUAAUUGUAAACACUCAGAAUAAAACUAUAUUU